GCUGUGUGGUUUCGGAGCUGGACGAGCCUUCACCUACCUUCGCAGACGUUGCUGGAUAUGGCGCGCCGGGAUAUUGCUCGCAGCAUCCACACAUGACUCCUGAGCAACGCGUGCGCAUUGCAGGCCGAUGCCACACGAAGAAGGACUUCCAGCAUUACGCCGGCCUACAUUCUGCUCUUGCAGGCUGUGCGCAGUGCAUUGAGACCUUCUUGGCAGAGGGUGGAAAUCCGCACAAGGGAACGGUUCGCCACAGGAAGUGGAACAUUCUUUCUUGCGCAGAGUACUCCUGCAGCAAGGGUGAGAUCAGCCAAGUGCAGUGGGAGGCUAUCAAAAGCUUGGUCGCUGUGUACGCGGGCCUGGCUUCUCCCGCGGAUGCGUGCAUGCGCGACAGGUCCCGGAGCCCCAGACGGUCUCACUGCAAAGCCUUGAAGGAGCAGCCAGAAGCUCCCAGCUGGCUUUGA